AUGGGCAGUAAUAUCAAGGCCGUAGAUUUUACGGGAGAGGAAGAUGAAUCCGCUCCGUUCACAUUUACGAUCCGCAGUGAUACGAACGGCAAGCCGAUCACUGGUAAUGGCAGUGACGCCGGCGUGCCGAUCGUGAUCCACACUCUUUCAUUUUAUACCUGCACGGGACCUACUAGCUCACCCAAGCCGGAAAUACCUAAUUAUCGUUAUGAGAAUUCUCGACAUGGCUAG